AUGCUCAAAUACUUGGUAUUUCUCAAGUUGGUGUUAAUUUUUGUUCAGCACAAACUGAUAUUUGCAAUUCAGCCCACCACAAAGAACAACCAUGUUUUAGCCGGCCAUGUUUUUCAAGCCUUUACUGCAACAGACUGGUUCAACUGUCUACAAACCUGCCAUGAUGAUCCAAGAUGCAUCUCGUACAACUACCAGGGAUCGGCAGAAGCCAACGGUCUGUGUGAAUUGAAUGACUGUGGAGUUGAAGACUUUUGCGACAGAGAAGGGUCUAUCUUUCACUCCCCAGGAUUUGUGUUUCAGCAGAUAAGGACGAGUAAAGUGAGUGCUGUAUUAAGUAAAACAAGGUUGUAAUUCUGAUGUAGUAGUCGACUUCGUUUGUUGCAGUUCACAGCUCAAACUAGCUUUCAUUUUAGCCAGCAAGUACAGUCACAGGUUUAAUUUUAUUUAUUUUGAAUUCAAUUUUCUGUGAGGCAGCUAAAGCCAGGGACGUUACUGUUUGUUAGUCAAAAUAAUUUCACAUUCUACGAAAGCUCAUGGGAUCAUGGGUAUCUCAAACACGAAACCUAUGGUUGUGUCCUCGUGUACCGGUACACAAAGGAGCGAAACAUUAACGAACUGCGUCACAACUCCAUGUAUGGAUAUGAAAACAAUAGGAAUUCCCCCGUGUACCGGUACACCAGGACAGCCCCAAACCUAUUUUCCAUCUACUUCGGUUUUUUCUACCAGAAAUAAAGACUUCCUUCAUUUUAGGAGUGCAAACAUGUUUGUCUUUCUGCUAAUUUCCAUGCACUUUUAAUACGCUUCUUCUACACAAAAAUCCCCUUUAUUUUCUCCAGGAAGCGUUUUAAAUCUAAGACGUUUUAUAGACACCCUUUCCUUCUUCAAUCUAUCCAUUAAUUUCAUUAUUUGCUGGCUUAGGUUUUAUUUGAUCAGUUAAACCAAUGUUUAUAUUACUUAAAAUUGCAGAGAAAUACGUCCGCUCGGUGCUUUUGCUCUUGAGUUUUUCUGUUUGAAAGUUUGCCUAAAUUGUUUAUCACUGCUGUCGGAAUUGUUAGCUAAUCGAAUAUAUCGGCUUUUUCACAUGCCUUGUCACAGUCAUGUUAAUUAUCAUUUGUUCAAAAAUGUUCAAACGAUAUCCAGGUGUCAAUUUGUCUUACCUUUGCGUUAAGCUCUAAACAUUCUUAUCCAAUUUUGUGUAUAGAAAAACCAGAAUUUAUUUUCAAUUUUUUGCUUCGUUAUUCUCUGAAGAAGUUUUUUGACAAAGCUGAUAAACAAAGACUUUUUAGCGAACAUAUUCUUGUCAAUUAUCUGGAUAUUUUUUUAAAAUUACCAUUACUGAAGGCUCAGUCAGACGCUAAGCUAAAUCAUUUGAAGAGGAGCCGCAUAUAUUGGAGUCAAAAAGUUAUUUGCAUAAUUAUCGGCUUGAAAUUAAACAUUGGUUAUUAAAACGUAGUUUUGUACAAACGUUAUUUGAAAAGCUUUAUCUCACCUAUGUUUAAUUUUCGAUGUUCUUUUAAUCUAAAACUUAUAUCCCGCAGACUAACGAAUGUGCCGCUUCAGAGAAGGAAAACAUUUGCGCACUGAAUGACUCAGGUGACCAAUUUAAUUCUCUUAAAAACUCUCCAUGCAAUUUACAUAAUUGAAGGCUAGAAAAAUAGUGAGUUGUUGGUUAAUUACUGCUAAAAGCUAGUUUAACUUUAUGUUUGAUCUGAUUAAACUAGCCUAAUUUUCCAGACCUAUUACGAAUCCGAAGCGAACGCUUUUUUAAAGAUUGACACCCUCAUUACCUUGUAUUUUGUCAGAAAUACGAUCGCAGCGCAUAAAGGGAAGGUUGAGUUAAAACACUGUCAAUUAUGAAAUAGCUUAAAUACUACGGGUGCCCUGAUUGGUCAAAAUCUGUUGCACCGAUAAACUCAUCGACAAUUAAAAAUUUUCCCAUUUUUAUUAAAGCAAUAAAUCGCACUUUCUAUCGGUUGCCGGCCAAAACAACUACUUGCAAAGUUGGAAGAUUACGUGGUAAGUUUGUAGGAUAGUCGGUCUGCUACCAUCAACUAAACACCAAAGCCACACAAAUGAAGCGAGGCAAAUUUUAGCGUCCAACUAGAACCUGAGAGGUGCGGGUUUGAAUGCCGUUGAAACCUGUAUUUUAGCAGGCUUCCGUUUCUAAACGAUUUUUUUAAUAUCCAGCCCAGCUGCGAAGAUCAUUUUUUUACUUGAUAGUAAUUUACUUUAGACUUGAGAAAUUAUAAUGCUAAUAGAACUAAGUCUUUAUUUCAGUUCCCACGAUUCCGCCUCAAAAUGUUAAAGAGGUGAACAAGACGAUAACCUGUCUUUUCAUCACGUGGGAUGUUGUACCAACCAAUCAGACUCUCGAAUUGAUCCCAGAAUUCAAAGUGAUUUACUCCUUAAGGUCCGGUAAGAAGGAAAUUAAUAGGAGCGUGGUUAGAGCUCCCUUGCCUUACAUCAACCUUACAGGAUUAAAAAUACACAGAAGGUACAACAUAACAGUGUUAGCAUUCAAUCAAUGUGGGGAUGGUCCUUCCAGCGCGAUGCUUUCAGCAAAGACAGACGAAGACAGUAAGUUUUGACAUACUGUUUUACAUUGUAUCAAUCUCUGUUGCUGUUCGCUACCUAACUGCAUACCUACCCCCAAGCUACCUGCCUAUCAUCCUUUCUAUCUAAAUGUUUACCCCUUCUUUUCUCUGCUUUCUGCAAAUGUACUUUCGAAACAAGCGUUGCAGGAGGAGGACAGCUCUGACUGAAGAGCUGCGUUCCAUCACAUAAUGAGAAGUUGAACCUAACUACCGACCUCCCUACCUAUCUACCUACCUAAACAUUCCUUCUCUACCUACCUUCUUAUCUAUUCAUUUACUUGCCUUCCUGUCGCAUCUUAGCUACCUACCAACCUAUCUACGUCUCCAUGUUCCUACCGACUCACCUGCUUCCCUGCUUACCCACCUAUGGUCGCCUACCCACCUACUGUCCUACUCUGCUUCCUUUCUACCCCCACCCCCACCCACUUAUAUACCCACUCCCCCAUCUAAUCAUCCGCAUAUCUACCCACCAACCUUCGUAUCUAACGGCUGGCCCUACCUAUCAAAAUAAGUACUUAAAAUCGACUUCCACGCUCACAAACCAACCUACCUACUCACCAAUGAAUAAAGAAGGCAAGUUCCUAAAGAAACUGUGGUGCUGCGUUCGUGGGAGAGUAAAACAUGGUAAUUUAGUAUUAUCAACUAAGUUGAUAACGUAAAUUGGCCACCGUAUAGAGUUUCAAAGCUGGUGUUUCGAGCGCUAGCUCUUCGUCAGAACGAAUGACGAUAAUACUUAAGUAUUACCAGCCAAUGUACCAAUCUACCUACAUAGCCAUUACUUACCGCUUGCCUGCUCACCUGCUUACUUUCUGAACUGAUCAAUUGCGUUACAUUCUGAUGCCUCUGUUUCUAUACAUUUAAGGACCCAAAGCAGCACCCCAAAAUUUAUCAGCUGAGCGAAAGAACUCAACAAGCAUAUUGGUCAGUUGGGAUAGAGUACCAAAUGGUAAACGAGAUGGGACAAUCAUAAGUUACAGGGUGAAUUAUACCCGAUCAAAGUGGGGAGCGAGAACAAUGAGUGAAAAAGUAGACAAAGCAAAGCGGUUACUCUUGUUGACAAACUUAGAGACGGAUCCAGAAUACACAAUAACAGUGUCGGCGUCAACUAGCAAAGGGUACGGACCGGCCAGUAAACCUGUUAAGGUGAAACUGGAUAUGUUAAGUAAGACUUAGUUUCAAUUCCAGAAUCAGUGUACCUUUGAAGAUAUUUAAAAGAUGAUUUCAUAUAUAAACCCUACAGCCAAAAGUUUCUUAGAUAAAACAUCGAUUGCUGAGUUUACAUUUAAUUUCGUAUCACAAACAUUAAAAUAAAGGAGACUGAUGUCUCAAUUUAAGCUAUAGAACUUUAAAGUGGUAAUGUUUUAAUAAACUUGAGAUAUUAAAGUUCACGUUUUGUACUUUUUAGGCAAUCUCUGGUUUAUAAAGAGUAUUUCUGCGUUGUAUUCUUACAAUUGUGUUAGGCCUUUUCGGGUCAUUGUGUUGGGUAUCUCACGUAAUCAGUUCCUGGUUUAUAAUUUAGGACACACAGAUGUCUGGUUAAUAAUUAAUCGCUUUAACCCCUUAACUCCCAGAAGUGAUUAACAUGGAACUUCUCCUUAUAAUAUCCAAACAUUAUCCUGCAAACAGGUUCUAAGAAAACUAAAAUUAAUCAGGUAGAAGUUGUUAUCUUGAUCUAACACUAAAUUACCACAACUUAUUUAAAAAGAAAUGUGUAGCAGUUAGAGAGGAGAAUUAACAAUCAGAUCUUUGGAGUUAAAGGAUUAAUGUUUACUAAGGUCUACCAAUAAACUGGGUAAUUUCCGCUGUACAACACCCUCGCGUCAGAAAUCAAUCUGUAAGUCAAAAGAAAUUUAAUGAAGAAGAAAAAAAUUCAAAUACCUAACCAAUAUACUCAUUAAGAAUGAC